AUGUGUGAACCGGAUAGCGGCUCCCGAGGAGAAUCCGGGACCAGCCGUCAGAGUAAAGGAGAAUCAGGGACCAGCUGUCAGGGUGGAGGAGAAUCGGGGACCAGCAGUCAGAGUAAAGGAGAAUCAGGGACCAGCCGUCAGAGUAAAGGAGAAUCAGGGACCAGCCAUCAGUGUGGAGGAGAAUCGGGGACCAGCCAUCAGAGUGGAGGAGAAUCGGGGACCAGCCGUCAGAGUGGAGGGGAAUCAGUGACCAGCUGUCAGUGUGGCGGAGAAUCAGGGACCAGCCGUCAGAGUAAAGGAGAAUCAGGGACCAGCCGUCAGAGUGGAGGAGAAUCAGGGACCAGCCGUCAGAGUGGAGGGGAAUCAGUGACCAGCCGUCAGUGUGGAGGAGAAUCGGGGACCAGCCGUCAGAGUGGAGGGGAAUCAGUGACCAGCCGUCAGAGUAAAGUAGAAUCGGGGACCAGCCAUCAGAGUGGAGGAGAAUCGGGGACCAGCCGUCAGAGUGGAGGGGAAUCAGUGACCAGCUGUCAGUGUGGCGGAGAAUCAGUGACCAGCCGUCAGAGUAAAGUAGAAUCGGGGACCAGCCAUCAGAGUGGAGGAGAAUCGGGGACCAGCCGUCAGAGUGGAGGGGAAUCAGUGACCAGCUGUCAGUGUGGCGGAGAAUCAGGGACCAGCCGUCAGAGUAAAGGAGAAUCAGGGACCAGCCGUCAGAGUGGAGGAGAAUCAGGGACCAGCCGUCAGAGUAAAGGAGAAUCAGGGACCAGCCGUCAGUGUGGAGGAGAAUCGGGGACCAGCCGUCAGAGUGGAGGGGAAUCAGUGACCAGCUGUCAGUGUGGCGGAGAAUCAGGGACCAGCCGUCAGAGUAAAGGAGAAUCAGGGACCAGCCGUCAGAGUGGAGGAGAAUCAGGGACCAGCCGUCAGAGUGGAGGAGAAUCAGGGACCAGCCGUCAGAGUAAAGGAGAAUCAGGGACCAGCCAUCAGGGUGGAGGAGAAUCGGGGACCAGCAGUCAGAGUAAAGGAGAAUCAGGGACCAGCCGUCAGAGUAAAGGAGAAUCAGGGACCAGCCAUCAGUGUGGAGGAGAAUCGGGGACCAGCCAUCAGAGUGGAGGAGAAUCGGGGACCAGCCGUCAGAGUGGAGGGGAAUCAGUGACCAGCUGUCAGUGUGGCGGAGAAUCAGGGACCAGCCGUCAGAGUAAAGGAGAAUCAGGGACCAGCCGUCAGAGUGGAGGAGAAUCAGGGACCAGCCGUCAGAGUGGAGGGGAAUCAGUGACCAGCCGUCAGAGUAAAGUAGAAUCAGGGACCAGCCGUCAGAGUGGAGGGGAAUCAGUGACCAGCCGUCAGAGUAAAGUAGAAUCAGGGACCAGCCGUCAGAGUGGAGGAGAAUCAGGGACCAGCCGUCAGAGUGGAGGGGAAUCAGUGACCAGCUGUCAGUGUGGCGGAGAAUCAGGGACCAGCAGUGAGAGUAAAGUAGAAUCAGGGACCAGCCGUCAGAGUGGAGGAGAAUCAGGGACCAGCCGUCAGAGUGGAGGGGAAUCGGUGACCAGCCGUCAGAGUGGAGGAGAAUCAGGGACCAGCCGUCAGGGUGGAGGAGAAUCGGGGACCAGCCAUCAGAGUGGAGGAGAAUCAGGGACCAGCCGUCAGAGUGGAGGAGAAUCAGGGACCAGCCGUCAGAGUAAAGGAGAAUCAGGGACCAGCUGUCAGGGUGGAGGAGAAUCAGGGACCAGCCGUCAGAGUGGAGGAGAAUCAGGGACCAGCCGUCAGAGUAAAGGAGAAUCAGGGACCAGCCGUCAGAGUGGAGGAGAAUCAGGGACCAGCCGUCAGAGUAAAGGAGAAUCAGGGACCAGCCGUCAGAGUGGAGGAGAAUCAGGGACCAGCCGUCAGAGUGGAGGAGAAUCAGGGACCAGCCGUCAGAGUGAAGGAGAAUCAGGGACCAGCCGUCAGAGUGAAGGAGAAUCAGGGACCAGCCGUCAGAGUGAAGGAGAAUCAGGGACCAGCCGUCAGAGUGGAGGAGAAUCAGGGACCAGCCGUCAGAGUGGAGGAGAAUCAGGGACCAGCCGUCAGAGUGAAGGAGAAUCAGGGACCAGCCGUCAGAGUGGAGAAGAAUCAGGGACCAGCCGUCAGAGUAAAGGAGAAUCGGGGACCAGCCGUCAGAGUAAAGGAGAAUCAGGGACCAGCUGUCAGAGUAAAGGAGAAUCAGGGACCAGCCGUCAGAGUGGAGGAGAAUCAGGGACCAGCCGUCAGAGUGGAGGAGAAUCGGGGACCAGCCGUCAGAGUGGAGGAGAAUCGGGGACCAGCCGUCAGUGUGGAGGAGAAUUGGGGACCAGCCGUCAGAGUGGAGGAGAAUUGGGUACCGGACGUCAGAGUGGAGGAGAAUCGGGGACCAGCCGUCAGGGUGGAGGAGAAUCGGGGACCAGCCGUCAGGGUGGAGGAGAAUCGGGGACCAGCCGUCAGAGUGGAGGAGAAUCGGGGACUGACAGGUAAAAGACAGAGUGAGUAUUGUGUGCACAGAUCAUGGAGACCCCACAGCCUCUGCACUCACUAGACCCUGUACCGAGGAGGGAAGGUCUGGAUGUGGAGGGCAGAUACAAAGACUUUGGGAUAACUCCAGACCGGAGCCAAGUAUUAGGCACAGUAAAAGACACGUUUUUGUGUGAUGAUCGAAAUCUGAUGGAUAACGGCCAGUCUGAGAAGCCAGUCUCAUUGGGAGAUGGAAAUCUUGCAGUCAGUUACCUGGAAACUCUUGGUAACAAGCAAUGUACUCCAAACAAAGAUGAAGACACCCUAAUCCCAACCCUCCACCCCCCUAGACAACACCUGCAUGGACAGAAUUCCUCUAUUGCAGCGGUGGACGUCGGCAAAAGCAGCAGCGGUAAUUUUUUUGAGCAUAACAAAUACCGAUUAGGCUCAAGAGGCAAUAGGUCGGGAGAGUGCUACACGGACAUAGCCUCUACAUCCAUCCCAAGCCCCACGUACUGUUCUAAGUGCAAAAAAAUGUUUGCCACUAGUGAAGCAUAUGGCCAUCAUGAGCCAAUGCACGAGUUCAACUUCAAACUUUUUCCCUGUACAGAAUGCGGCAAGUAUUAUCGACACAACACUGCUCUUGUGAUACACCGGCGGACACACACCGGGGAGAAGCCAUACUGCUGCAGCGAGUGCGGGAGACGUUUUAAUGCCCGGUCAAGCUUGGUUACCCAUGGUAAGAUACACUCCGGAGAAAAACUGUACUCCUGCUCAGAGUGUGGGAAGAGUUUCUCCAAAACCGAUGACCUCUUCAACCACCAACUGGUGCAUUAUCGCGAAAGGAAAUAUACCUGCAGUGACUGCGGCAAGUGCUUCAAGGUGGAGUCGGAGCUCAUAGCUCAUAGGAAAAAUCAUCCUAUGGAAGAACUGUUUCUGUGUUCUUGUUGUGGCAAAGACUUUACCCAAUACUCCAAGCUUCUCCGGCAUGAGAAGACUCACCCAAAGCUUCCACCUGUCUUUAUCACCAGUGAGAAAAUGUUAAAGGACCAGGAAGCCUAAAAUUCCUCAUAUCUUAUAAAACUGGCAACGUACGUGUAAGCAUUUCUGCACAUUACUGGUCAGAGGAUCAGGCUUUUCUGAAGAUAUUCAUACAAUGGGGAAGAGUUUGCUUUGCUUCAGGGAAAAGCAGUCAUAUUGCUGAUGACUGAUGACACCCUACCCAUCCCCUUCAUGAAAAGCUCACAUAGGCUGGCAAGCCGAAAAAUAUAUACGGUAAUCACCAAUAAGCCCCACUCCUAUGGAAAAAAAUAAAAUCUGGCGAAGUUGGUCACUAGUUUUCUCUAGAUAUCUGGUCAAUGGACGUUAAUGGUGUGUUGUGUCUGGUAUUUCAGAUAGGCUCCAUUGAAGUGAAUGGGCUGCAAUUCCACACACAGCCCAUAGAGAAAUGUGGCACUAUUUUUAGAAGAUAGCAGCCACGUUUUUCUAUUCCUGGACAACCCCUUUAAGUUUAGUCAGCUGCUGAAGAUUUCUGUUGAUGGAGUGGUGGGGGUAGAUGGAGGUCUGAAUUCUAAAUUUGAGAUGACUGAUUUUUUUAAAUGACUGAUUAAAAAAAAAAUCAAUUUAUCAAGUAAAAGUCGAAAAAACAUUUAUUCAGACCAGUGUAUUACACGCUGGUUUUAAUCUAUCCCCUCCUGGCAUCAGAUGCACAUCUUGAUAAUUUGCUGUCCAGGUUUGUAUACCUAAAUGGAGAUCUACGGCAGCAAGGGAGCUGGUAUAUACUUCCGCUAUAAACUAUGCCAGUUUCCUGGCAUAGAUUACAAUAAGGGUCCGCUCACACGUCCGUGUGUGUUUUGCGGAUCCACAAAACACGGACACCAGCAAUGUGCGUUCCGCAUUUUGCGUACUGCACAUGCACUUAAUAGAAAAUGCCUAUUCUUGUCCGCAAUUGCGGACAAGAAUAGGACAUGUUCUAUUGUUUUCGGGAUCGGAAUUGCAGGUCCGGAAGUGCGUGUCCGGAUCCGGGCCGCACAUCGUGCUGCCCCAUAGAAAUGAAUUGCGGACAUUGUGAAUGGAGCCUUAAGCUGACCAGUGUAAUUGCAAAAUUUAGCACUAAAACGUUGUGACUUUUUGGUAUCAGCUUUCUGGCACAGAGGGAAUAAUAAAUGUCCCCCUUAAAGUAAAUUCAGUAAAAAAUAUUAUCUUUUUAAUAUUUAUUUUUUAAAGAAUGAAGUAAUACAAUGUAUUUGAAAAGUCUCCAGACCCUUACACUUUUUUGUUGCAGCCUAGUGCUAAAAUAAAAAAAAUCAAGUUAUCCCUCAUCAAUUUGAACUCAAUGCCCCAUAAUAAGAAAGUGAACACAGAAUUUUACAAAUGUCUGCAAAUUUAUUAACCCCUUCCGGAUCGCCUCACGUAAAUUUACGUCAGCUGUCGGGUAUUUAAAAGUGGCUCCCACUCACAGUGGCAGAGGGCGCCACAGCAUGACCACAGCAUCUGGAGUCCCUGAAGCGCGUGUUUCCGGGUGUGUUCUGGCUCCCCCUGGCGAGGAUCUGGGGGCCAGAGUUUGUGCGGCAGCCUCUGUAUCCCUAGAAAAUACGAUGCUACCACACAUUAGUUCCAAUGAAGCCCUUUCCUGUGCCAGUACUCCAUAGGAACUUAUGGGGUCAUUUAUCAAACUGGUGUAAAGUAGAACUGGCUUAGUUGCCCAUAGCGACCAAUCAGAUUCCACCUU